GCAGAGGGCCAGUCAUUGGUUGAGUGCAGGGCAGGCUCAUCAGAGGAGGUUACUCCUUUUAAAGGGCAGGCUGGUGGUCCCGCGGUGGUGCAGUGGAUUUAUGAACCAGCUUGUCUCUAUGGUGGUGCCAGUGUGAUCCCCAGCCUGGUGCAGUGGAUUAAGGACCCAGCCUUGCCAAACUGUGGUGUGGGUCACGCUGCAGCUCCGAUCCCAUCCCUGGCCAGGGGACUUCCAUAUGACACAGCAGGCAGACCAGCGACCCCAGAGGGCCCGCGGAGCGCCUGGGCCGCAGGUCGUGGGAAGGCCGGCCGCCCGAGGGGCGUGGAUGCGGGCGGGGCGGCGGCGCUUUUAAGAGGCUGCGCGCCAGGCGGCUGCGCCCAGCUGGGAAGCGGAGCAAUGGAGACGGCGCGGGACUUCGCGGGAGCCCUCCUCAGGCCCCUGACGUUCAUGGGGCUGCAGACCAGGAAGGUGCUGCUCACACCCCUCAUGCAUCCUGCUCGCCCCUUCCGAGUUUCCAACCACAACCGGAGCAGCCGACGGGGGGUGACAGCCAGCAGCCUGCAGGAGCUCCUCAGCAAGACCCUGGAUGCCCUGGUUAUCGCCAGCAGAGUGGUCACUUUAGUGUUGGAGGAAGAUGGCACCGUGGUAGAUACAGAGGAGUUCUUCCAGAUGCUGGGGGACAACACACACUUCAUGGUCCUGGAGAAAGGACAAAAGUGGACACCGGCUGGUACCUACAUCCCCGCCCCCCAGAAGCCUAAGAGAUCGGGAAUAGCAAGAGUCACCUUUGACCUGUACAAGCUGAACCCUAAGGAUGUCAUCGGCUGCCUCAACGUCAAGGCCACCAUGUACGAGAUGUACUCCGUGUCCUAUGACAUCCGGUGCACAGGGCUCAAGGCCCUGCUGAGGAGCCUGUUGCGGUUCCUGUCCCACACCGCCCAGGUGACUGGCCAGUGUCUCAUCUACAUGGGCACGUACAUGCUCCGAAUGCUGGCUGACACGGAGGAGCAGGCGGUGCCUGGUGUGCGCCCUAGGCGGGGGCUCACAAGUGGAUAGGGGCUCUGCCCCCCUUGACCCAUCUGAUUCCUUUCUAAUUCGAAGACACUGUUCGUACAUGUGCAUCUAUGGGCGGUGGGCCCUUCUGCUCAGGAACAGGGGCUUGAGGGCACGUGUCAGGGUGGGGCAGCAGGUGCCCCGUGGGGGUGGGGGAUAAGGGUCAGCGUGCAUGCACAAGGCCCUGGGCUCCUGCAAUAAACCCAUGACAAAACUUC